UAGAGAAGGGCUGGUGGUGAGUGCUGGGUGAAUAUCCUCUCGCACCGCCUCGCAUACAACGAUGGAUGAUGGUGUGGACUACCUGCGGGACAGUCCAUCAGUAACCCCAUUGUGAACAUGGAGUGUAUUUGUGUCCUGCAAAAAAUAUCGUGUGUCUUCUGAGAAGGUUGAAAACGAUUUUCUCGGCACAUCAUUUGGCUGCUCCGUUCCAGAAUGGAGCAUAUCAGGACGCCCAAGGUCGAAAAUGUAAGACUGUUCGACAGAGUGACCCCCCGGAAGUCAACAGCGGGGACACUGUAUCUUUCAUCCACGCACAGCAUCUUCGUUGAGAACACAGAGGCUCGCAAGGAAACAUGGGUGUUGCACAGUUUGGUAUGCAAUAUCGAGCGCCCACCCACCAACCCUUCUGGCAGUCCGUUGAUCAUUCGUUGCAAGAACUUCCAGGUGUACAAUUUCCUCAUCCCUCAGGAGAAGGACUGUUUGGAUGUGCAGGCUUCUCUGAUGCGGCUGUCCAGACCAGAGAGAUACACUGAGCUGUCGUGCUUCUCCUAUCACCCCAACGUGAACAAAGAGGAGAGGGAGGAGGCCUGGAGCUUCAUAGACCUACGAGCCGAGUAUGGGCGAAUGGGAAUCCCGAGCAACCUCUGGUGUCCAACCCCUGCCAACUGUGAAUACCGGGUUUGUGACACUUAUCCCGCUGACCUGUUUGUGCCAAAGUCGGCCACACCUCCCAUUAUUGUGGGCAGUGCCAAGUUCAGAAGCAGAGGAAGAUUCCCUGUCCUCUCCUACUACCACAGAGAUAACAGUGCCUCCAUCUGUCGCAGUAGUCAGCCUCUGUCUGGCUUCAGUGCUCGCUCCUCAGAAGACGAGCAAAUGAUCCAGGCCAUCAUGAAGUCCAACCCAGCCAGCGAGUUCAUGUAUGUGGUGGACACAAGGCCAAAGCUGAAUGCAAUGGCCAAUCGUGCCGCAGGAAAAGGCUAUGAAAACGAGGAUCACUAUACCAACAUAAAAUUGCAGUUCAUAGGCAUUGAAAACAUCCAUGUCAUGAGAAAUAGCCAACAGAAAAUUGUCGACAUGGGAGAGAUCAGGUCGCCUUCCAUGGGGGAUUUCCUCUGGGGCCUGGAGAACUCUGGUUGGCUCAAGCACAUCAAGGCUGUCCUGGAUGCUGGCAUCUUCAUAGCAAAGGCAAUAUCUGAAGAAGGCGUCAGUGUGCUGGUGCACUGUUCUGAUGGGUGGGAUCGCACUGCACAGGCCUGCUCAGUGGCCAGUCUCCUGCUGGAGCCACACUAUCGCACCCUCAAAGGAUUCAUGGUCCUCAUCGAAAAGGACUGGGUGUCGUUUGGGCACAAGUUUUCUCACAGGUAUGCCCAUUUGGAGGGCGACCCUAAGGAGGUGUCCCCGGUCAUUGACCAGUUCCUGGAGUGCGUGUGGCAGCUGAUGGAGCAGUUCCCCUGUGCCUUUGAGUUCAACGAGCGCUUCCUGAUACAGCUGCACAUGCACGUGCACUCCUGCCAGUAUGGCAACUUCCUGGGCAACUGCCAGAAGGAGAGAAGGGAUCUCAGACUUCGAGAGCGAACCCACUCGGUGUGGCCUGUGCUGUGGGAGCAGCGUGCAGAGUUCCUCAAUCCCCUCUACCGGGACGACCCCACCCAGACCCAGGGGGUGCUGCGCCCCGUCAACUCCCCUUACUGCUUCAAGUUUUGGAAGAGCAUGUAUAACCGGGCGGAGAAGGUGGCCGCGGUGGUGGCGCGCCAGUCGGCGGCCGAGUGUCUGUCCGCGGUGCGCGAGGAGACGCAGCAGCUGGAGGAGGAGCUGACCACCCACCAGGAGAGAAUAGCUUUGCUGACGGGAAGGAAGGUGGAGGUGGUGCUAGUGAAGAAGAUGAGCAGAGCCAGUGACGGCACUCCCAGACGGGCCCCCCCUGCCCCGAACGGAGGGGGGCCAGAGGAGACGGCCGAGAGCCCCCUGGACUACUUCCCCUACGUGGAGGACUCGGGCACGGAGAGCGCAAAGCGCAAAGUUCCACCCCUCUCUCUGCCCCUCGGCCCCGGGACGGCUCCUGGCGUUGGCGAGUACGACGACCUUUCGGCCUGCAGUGACCUUGAGUCCGGCGUAGCUGACCUCAGCAGCCGAUCCUCCAGUGGCGGAGAUGACAACAAGGACCCUGAUUUGUACGAAGCUGCCUAUGCCACUGCCUGAGCACAAAUGCAGGGCAUAGAGGAACUGUUGCAGAGUGGUGGGGAGGGAGGAGGGGAAAGCGGAGGGGAGGGGGUGAUGUGGGGUAAGGUGGAUGUUUUUGUGAGCUCUACAACACCACGGGCUGAGCGGUAUAGGCCUACUAAGACGCUGGUUCAGGAGUAAACCAGGUUAAGUUAAGACAAGAAAUCACCUAAUAGAAGUGCCUGGGGCUUCUUAAGAAAAUUAGGACUCCAGGCUCUUCAAUUAGAUGAUUUACCUCUCAACUUAAUCUGGUUUACUCCUGAACCAGCUUUUUAGUGUAGGCCCCUGAGCUGUAGAAACACUGUUUUAUCGGUACCAUUUCUGUGUGUGUUGUGGUAUCUAUGGGAAUAUACACUGGAUGUGUUUCAGAGCACACAAACACUGAGCCACCACAGAGCUGCUCUACUCUGGGCCUCUGUGGGCCAAUGAACAAAUUGUGGACAAGAUUUUAUUCCUCGACUGAAAAUGUCUUCAUGAAUUAUUUACAAUUAAGGGAAACAACUAUUUAUUGUAUGUGCAAUAUAUCAUGUUUAACUACUGUUUAUGUCACUUGAACAUUUUUUUUUUACUGGUGUAUUUUAUGUUGUGCUGUUGUUAACAGUACAUUUGCUUGUUCUCAAACCAAUGGCGCUAGUUAGUUAGUUUUGUUUCUCAGGUUAGAAAAGCUGCAUCUACCCAUAUCAGUAAUACUUCGCUUAGGAAGUUAAUAGCAGGAGCGUACACACUUCCCAUUCCGAACUCUUGAGUAGAACACACAAAUGUAAGUCAGUUUGCCAGUGAUAGCUAGUGAGAGACUCUUUGACUUCGAAAGUAAUCGGCCGGGUCCAUUUUGCUUUCAAACUGAACACCAACAUACAUUUUAAGAGCACAGUUAUGAUCUCAGAGGUGUGUAGUUUCAGAGGUUUCAAUAUAGCCGAUUGUAAACUUUGGCGAUGGAAAGAUUAUGGAAGUCCUUUUGCCAUCUGGGUGCAGUGUUUAAGUAGCAACUACCCUUAAGAAACAGAUAGUAGAAACAACUUUACUCUUUUAACUCCUUCAUUCAUAGGAUAAUGUAGUUGUAUGUCUGAUACAACUGCCUGCGUGAUUCAGAGGAAAGUAGUUGAAAAACUGAAGUUUACCACCUUUGUGCAACGUGGUGUAUUUACCAUGUGUGUAUGUGAGUAUGUGUAUGUGCUGUGCUUUCUCUGUACUUAUGUGCUUUUCACAUGGGACACAUGGGAACAUUCCCAGGCUCCCCAUUGAAACCUUAAGAGCACCAAAACCCUGUGUCAAUGGAAAGGCAUCUACACCCAAACUGUACCAUUCCCACUAUCCAUCACACUUCUCCAAGCCUAUUUUUCAUGUGUGGUUUACCUUGCUAUUUGUACCCUUAUCAAAUAAAAAAAAUCUUCUCCACAAGUGCA